AUGGGCCUCGCACUCGUUACGUUGAUGGCCAAGAAGGGAUGGAGAUUGAAGUCCCGAGCCAAAUGGCGCAAAGCAGUCAAUAGCCAAAAUCGGGGACGCGUUGGUUACAGGGCAGACAGACGGCCACCCCUCUUCGGACCCGAAAAGCCGCCGCACGAGGGGAAGCGAAUCUACCACUAUUACUGCAACAAGAUCUACAAGGUGAUCCGAUUCUCGGCCGCUACCGAAGUGGCUCCGGCCAGUGCUAGCCAGAUGGGCUCGGAUUGGAUUCAGCAGAAGUUUGCGGCGUGGUUCCCUACCCGGGUACCCGGAUUUUCUGGAAAGAUGGCCUCUGCCUUGUGCUUUUCUAUGUGUGCCUUGCUUUUCUGCUACCGUCUUCUUGGCUCAAAGAGUUCCACUCAUGCCAUUCACGGUUCACCUCCUGCCAUGCGUUCCAGCAAUGUAGCCCUUCAUGUACAAAGACACGCUUUACUGCUGCUCUCUCUGCUCGCGGCCAUCGCAGGUUCGACCAACAUCAGACGCCAGAACAGCGAAACUCUCUGCGAACAAGCAGAGGAAGAGCCGCUGCUUUCGUGCUCCAAGGUAGCUGCCAGGCAGCGCCAUGAAGCAUGGAACAUGAAGCUGGAGGAAGCGUGGCAAAACCUCUGCAAAGACGACAGAAAUCUGCCUUUGAUGGAAGUCUACUUAGAUCGACGCUUCCGAACAAAUUACAAGAGUGUCUACAACACUGAUGGCUGGGCAGAUGCUGCAUGGGUCAACUAUGUGGCAGUGCCUGCAGAUGGGAAAGGCAUCUUCGGACAGCUGACGGAAAGGUUGGUCGACUCCGUGCAUCGUUUUUCUCAACAUCCAGUGAUUGUCGUCAACUUCGGGACGAAGGCGCCGGAGGACCUAGAUCCCACGCGAUUUCCCAGUCUUGUGCUGCUACAUGCACGAGGCCUCAGGCCAACAAGUCCCAUAUCGUUCAAUUUCAACAAGCUUCGCGCAGUCCUGCUGGCACAGGUUAAAGUUGGAGCUUCCCUGGACUCCGACAUGCUCAUGGUCACAGCCCAGGCGGAUCGUCUUCUAAAUCGCACCGCCGAGGAAAUCACAGAGAAGUAUCCAUAUCCCAUGAUGCCAACCCAUUUUCUUGACCGCGAUGUCCGUGACAGAGAAGCCGCCAGGACAUCUCACAAGGGCAAUUUCCUGGGCUUUACCUGCAAAGACUGUCCAACACCCACCAUGCGAUGGGGACAGGCCCAGCCGACCUGGACGUACUGGUCACUGCCGUUCCUAAGUCGCUGGCUGUCUGCAAAGAUCGCAGGACGGAAGGAGCAGGGGGUGCCAACAUCGUACAUCAAGGAAGACGAGGAUCUGCUCAACGUGGCGCUGUGGCAGGAGGGUGCUACAAAGGCGUGGUGUGCGUUUCAGACAGGCGGCAUUAACUUCCUGUGGGAAAACCUUGACGCCCAGCAUCCUCCUGGACCGUAUCCAUACUACGACGACUCGAGAUACUUCCCGAAAGGCGUGCCUGUGGCCUUCUUCUUCGGUCAUGCGGAGAAGGAUCCAGCACACAUUGACAAGGCCUUGGCAUAUUUGGCCGAUCCCGAUAGAGUCGCGCAGCCAGCUCCGAACCCGUUCUUUCAUGACAUGAAGUUCUUUUCCGAUUUCGAACAGAUUCGCAAGGACUAUCCUGACUUGAAAUGCACCUUGUAG